AUGAGUACUGGCCAGCCAUACCCCCCGAAGUCUGAGAUGCCUUCGUCCUCGCCACCUGCCUACGAGGAUGUAGCAGGUGGAGGUACUCAGGCUUCAGCCCCAAGACCCCAGCAGAGAUCCAGCGGUGCAGUGACACUGACUAUACAUGGCAAGGAAAUAUACUCUUCUGCCAGCCCCGACGGUCAGCCAGUCUACAGCUUAACUCAUGCUCUGGAUGGCCACGAGUUGAACCAGUAUGGUGUUUUGUUAACACGUAUUGAACAACGGACGGUCUCUUCAUCUUCCCUGGGUGUGCCGACCACCAAGAUUGCUAGGCGCGAUGUCUUUGCUCUUCGUGAUGCACCAGUUCUUCACAUUGGACAUGCUCGCUACGAGAUAGAUGGUCGACGAUACUUAUCAGACAAGAGAGGCAAGAUGAGCAGGUCUUCCUAUGGUGUUGGAUCCGGGUGGACUGCCUGGGGUAAAGGAUUACCAUCCUUCUACCUCCAGCGAUCAGAGAGCGGCAAUGCUGCCAAAGUCGGUGAGACAACCGACUCGUCCUUCUAUGAAUGGCGUGAAAAGGAGAACGGUCCGUUGAUAGCCAUGGAGACACGGAGGCGCUGGGAUAUGAAGAACAAAGUCGAGGCAUCCUCACCCCGGCUAGAUUUGAUGAAGAGCUGGGAUGCUUUCGAUAGGGAGUAUUUGGACUUCAUGGUUGCGGCAUGGUGCAUGCACAACUGGAGAGAGGCGAAAGACAUCACCAAGGAGCCCAUAACGUGGGAUGAGUUCAAAGAACAAGCCCGAGUCACUGCUGCGAAGAGGAAACAGACUUUAACUGGCGGAGGUCGGCCGACCGCCUUUGGGUUUGCUGGAGUUGCAAUAUGA